AUGUCUGAUAGUCUCUGCCUACUUGGCAUUAAAGUCACCCAGAAUUACAAGGUUGUUCUCUUUAGGAACACUCUUGAUCCAGGUCUCCAGGCCUUCAUAAAAUUUGUCUUUAACCUCAUCAGGGUUCAUUAUGGUAGAGCAUAUGCACUGAUGAGAAUGUGCACUGUACAGGUGAAGCUAGAGCUGGGACACCGAGCCCAGCUGAGGAAGAAGCCCACCACUGAGGGAUUCACUCAUGACUGGAUGGUGUUUGUUCGAGGUCCAGAGCAGUGUGACAUCCAACACUUCGUGGAAAGAGUGGUGUUUCGGCUACAUGAUAGCUUUCCAAAACCCAAACGGGUGUGCAAAGAGCCCCCUUACAAAGUGGAAGAGUCUGGCUAUGCGGGUUUCAUCAUGCCCAUUGAAGUUCACUUCAAGAACAAGGAGGAGCCGAAGAAGGUUUGCUUUACAUAUGACCUGUUCCUGAAUCUGGAGGGAAAUCCGCCUGUGAAUCAUCUUCGUUGUGAGAAACUGACUUUCAACAACCCCACUAAGGAAUUCAGAUGCAAGCUUCUGAAGGCCGGAGGGGUGAUGGUAAUGCCAGAAGGAGCAGAAACGGUAUCCAGGCCCAGUCCUGACUACCCCAUGUUGCCCACAAUACCACUCUCUGCCUUCUCAGAUCCCAAGAAGACCAAACCAUCCCAUGGCUCCAAGGAUGCAAAUAAGGAAAGUGGUAAGACCUCCAAACCCCAUAAAGUGACCAAGGAACACCGAGAGAAGCCAAGGAAAGACUCUGAGAGCAAAGGCUCCUCCAAAGACCUAGAUCGUGAACAGACUAAGCCACCGAAAGACAGCUCCAGAAAACCCCCUGAGAACAAAUUGCCUAAGGAGGAAAAGGUACCUCCAAAAGCGGCUUUCAAGGAACCAAAACUGGCAGUAAAGGAGACCAAAUUGGAAAAUAUGUCUCCAAAGGGUGGGCCCCAACCUGAGCCUAAACCUUCCAGCAAGCGGCCUGCCAAUGUGGACUCACCAAAGCCCAGCGCCAAAAAACAAAAAAAAAGCAGUUCCAAAGGGGCAAAGAACAUCCUGGCAACCUCUCCCCGUACCUCGUCUUCCUCAUAUCCAGACAAGAAGCAAACUAAGGAGAAGAUGAAUGCCAAAGCUGAGAAGGUAAAAUCGGAGAGUGAGCCCAAGGAGAUCAAAAAACCUGUGGAUCUAGAAGAAUCUAAUUCUGAAGAUGAAGCUUCCUUCAAAUCCGAGUCUGUCCAGUCCAGCCCUUCCAACUCCAGCUCCAGUUCGGAUUCCAGUUCAGAUUCGGAUUUUGAGCCAUCUCAGAACCACAGUCAAGGACCCCUCCGUUCUAUGGUGGAAGAUCUGCAAUCAGAGGAGUCAGAUGAAGACGAUUCCUCUUCUGGCGAGGAGGCCACUGUCAAAACGAAUCCAGGCAGGGAUUCCAGGUUGAGUUUCAGUGACAGUGACAGCGACAACAGUGCAGAUUCUUGCCUGCCCAGUCGAGAGCCCCCUCCUGCUCAGAAACUGCCUCCAGCCAACAGCAAGGCAUCUGGAAGGAAGAGUCCAGAAUCCUGCAGUAAACCAGAAAAAAUUCUAAAGAAGGGAACAUAUGACAAGGCCUACACAGAUGAGUUGGUGGAGCUUCACCGGCGGCUCAUGGCCCUCCGUGAACGCAAUGUGCUGCAGCAGAUUGUCAACCUCAUCGAGGAGACCGGCCACUUCAAUGUCACCAACACCACCUUUGACUUUGACCUUUUCUCUCUGGAUGAAACCACCGUCCGCAAGCUGCAGAGUUACCUAGAGGCCGGGGCCACAUGACACUGGGUCCAGAUGACGGGCGCCUUGGGAAACCGUCAAACCAGUCUCCCAGUACCAGGAAACCAGUCCCCACAAGUAGACCUUACUCUCUCAAUUCACCCGCAGCACUGCCUUAGUGAACAGCCAUGCUCUCUGAACGCACAGCUCAACAGGCCCCUCUCCUUAGCUACGGGGAGAGGCCUGGGCACAGGUCUGAGCAGAGCAAGAGGAGCCGAGCAUCCCUCCCCCACAGAGAGUCAUCGUAUUUGGUUUAACUUUGAAAACUGCUUUUGUGUCGAAAAACACAUCGGGUCUCGCUUUUGAGACAGGAAGAACUUGACUGGCGCCACAGUAAACGGUUUCUUCACCUGACCUUGAGACCAGCCCCCAAAGCAGCAGCUGCCUUUCCCCAGCUCUGGGGGGAGUGGUGUUCACGAUGGGGCCCCUUGGUUUGACAGUUGGGACUUCCUGAGCCGUCUGGGUCGGCUCCUGUGGAAUAGAAAACCUGAUCCCUUCCCCCCAGCCCAUGGGCCUGCCCUAUUUCCCUCUCGGAACAGUUUGGUACAAGUAAAAUUCCCACCCAGUCUUGGGAAGGCAUCAGUGAGUCUCUAUGGCAAGGAUGCCCUGUGUCUCAGCUGUGAGCAGGGUGGCCAAGCUCUGAGCCUCCCUCCUUCCAGUCUGCUUUAACUGUCCUAGGAUUCCAAGCCUCUGUAUGCUGUAUAUAUUCUCUAUAUAUUC